AGCAGAGUGUGAGAUGGUACAACCCACAGCCAUACUCAGCGGUCACCUCUCUCUCUCUCUCUGUUGGCUGGUGAGCGAGGAUUCAGUCUCUCACACACUCUCACACAGUCGUCAGGUUUUAUCUCUCUCCUCCUCUUCCUCCUCCUCUUCUUCUUCUUCUCUUGUUAUGACCCAUUUCAGGAGUGACUGCCAGCGAGACAGACACACCGGGAUGAACGGCGAGCAGAGAGCCGGUCGCACCACGACAGCCAAGAGAGGAGGCGGCGCCCCCAACAGAUCUGACUACGAGAUCGAGUAUGACAGAUACCCUGAUGACCACUAUAACAGGGUGUUUGACUACCAGCGCGUCCCGUCCUCGGUCCCCGUGGAGCCCAGCCCAAUCAAACGGCCCCGUCCUUCCUCCUCCUCCUCCUCCUCUUCCUCCUCCACAGCAGCUCUGAGGAUGAAGAGCAGCAGAGCGUCGAGCAGGAGCAACAACACACACACCCCUUCCUCCGGCAGCAGCAACACCAAGUUGAAGAUGGCGGAGCUUCUUGCCAUAAAGAGGGAGCUGACAGUGAUCAAGGUUCAGAUCGACGGUCUGUUGGACUGUGUGGACAAGAUGGACAGACAAAGGAAGGACUGCUCAGAGUGUCCUCAGAAGAGCAGAGAGCCCAGUGUGUCGGACUCCCCUCACCGAGGCUCCGUCAGCAGCCUGGAGAGAGAAAGUCCUGAACCAGGAGAGGCCAGUGAGGACGAGCCGCUGCACUACCACCACUACUACCCCCACAGCUACCCCCACAGGAUAAAGCAGCAUCAGUCUGAUCUGGACGACGACCUGUGAUGCUGCAGCUCAGAAACAGAAACUCCAAUCGAUAACAGCUGGGAUGGAAGGUGUUGGCAACAUGAACUUCAUCGGACUGACACUCCUCCACACCUGAACCUGUCGCUAUCUGUCCAUCACUGUCUUCUUACUCCUUUUUUCCUGUCCACAGAGACAACAAAAUCUCAUGUGUCCCUGCUCUGAUGCUCCAUGCCAGCACACUGACGUGGGACAAUACAACUAAACCUAAAGUGUUUAUAUACGGCACUAUGCUGAUGAUAUUACAUUAUUUUUAGAUGACUACCUUCCAGACAGACAUGAAUCUCAACUACAGUAAAGUCAGAACAGAAAUUUUAAUUUUCUGCAAAUGGGUAAUUUGUAACAGUGGGAAAUUUAUUUGAUUUUUAUUUUGAUAAUUCAUCCAACAACUUGUACCCACUGAAAAGUAUCAAAUUCAUGAGCUGUAGUUCAGCCAGAUUUGUGCAAAAAACCAUCAGUCCCUGAUCCUGAGAUCUCUUAUUGUUAUAGCAACCAAAGGGAUGUCUAUCUUAUUCUAUCUAUAUUAUAUUAUGUUCUAUACCAAAACUGAAAAAACAAAAUUUUCAUACAGAUCAUAUUGGCCCUAUUUAUCACCGUAACCACUUCAUUCUGAACCAUGUUAGUAAAGUCAGUGUGGCAGCAGCUGGCAGCUCCUUAUCACACAUUUUAUUCUCAUCAGGCCUGUUGUCAUUAUGUGUAACCAGCUGUGUACAGGACUGGAUAAUAGUUCAGUGUUAAAGGCUCAGCGAGUGGUUUUAUGACUCUGGAUGAAUUUUACUGUCUAAUUCACUCUGGUAAUCAGUUAUAAACUGAUAUAUAGACUGACAAUUUCCUGAAAUGAAAAUGACAUGUAGUGGAUAUAAAUGGGAGGAUGACAUUUUCCCACCAUGAAGCAAUCACAAGUGAAUUUUACAUAUUCAACAGCUGAUCCCAUUACAGUUCAAUUCCUCAACUAAUACUGUUUGGUCCAGUUAUCUCACUAAUUUGUCAAGUAAAAGUGAGUUAGCUGAUGAUACCAGCUAAAUCUGUUUGAUUAAAGUUUGCUUUGCUAAAUUUUUGCAGAUGAAACAGUUUAGCUGUUAAGCAGUUUGGUAUGUUUACCUAUGGUUUAAUUCAGCAGCUAACUUGGUUGAAGUUAGCCAAGAGUUCAGUGCCUAAAACAGCUGGCUUUGUGUUAGUUAACAGUUUACCAGAUACAGUAGUUUGGUUCAGGUUAGCUAACGGAUUAGUUUGGGCAGAUAAAGGUGUGGUUAAGGUUAGCUAACAGAUCAGUUAAUGAAUAAAACAGUUUAGUUCAGGUUAGCUGACGGAACAGUUAAUGGCUGAAAACAGUUUGGUUGGGUUGGUUUGGUUUGGAUGACCCCCUGUAAAAUUACCUUUCCUUCAGCACCACCCUCAGGACAAAACCUCACAUUUUUUGCUUUCACCCACCUGUUUGUUCGAUCCAGUACAGAUGUAGUAAAGACUGCAACAUCCAGGGACUUACCUCUGUUAGGUUUAAUCUCUACAAAAAAUAUAGUGUUACCAUAAAUACAUUUUGGCAGCAAUUAUGUUUUUCCAUCCUGCUGUCAAACAAUGAAGCUGUGCUACAUCUGGCUAUUUUAAGUCAGUGUAAAUACAUAUUAAUAUUGUGUGUAAUAUUUAUUACAUAUUUAUUUAUGUUUAAUUAUUUAACAUUGGUCCACUAUGUCAAACACCAACUGUUGCCAGGUCAAACACAUGUUUAUCCAGCUGGACAAUAUGGACGACUGUGACUGUAAAUAUGUUCAGAGCGUUCAUGUAAAAUAUCUGUCAGUUUGGAAAAUGACACUUGAAAAUAUUUAUGUGUACAGUAGUGGCUCUUUAUACUUAAACAUUAUUUCAAACUUUCCAAACAAAAAUAUAUGUAUUAAAUGUUUUAAUAAGAAAUUCUGUAAGUGAAGGUACAGAAUCAUUUUGGAAAAAUAUGACAACACUUCAUUUAGCUUCAGUGUAGUUUCUGCUGUUGAUGCUUUUGUGUUUGUUCUCAGUGCUGAAUGUAACGUACUUUAAUGUGAGUGUAGUAAAGUUAUUUUCCAUAAAA